AUGCCUCUCUUACUCGUUAAACACUUGCCUUUCAUAGUUUCAUAUCAUUUACGUUACCAAAAGUUGACCUCUGAAAAACCCCCAACAACAACAUUUUUGUGUUCUUACUUCUGUUUUUUACGUAGCUAUGGCAAUGAAGAGAAUGAGAGAAGAUGGUGGGAUGGAGAGCUUAGACAUGGCAAAUUGUCUAAUGUUGCUCUCUCAUAGCUUAGAGACCCAGCUCAAGAAAACCUCACGGGUUGAUGUGUUUGAGUGCAAGACUUGUAAUCGCCAAUUCCCGUCAUUUCAAGCUCUUGGUGGCCACAGAGCUAGCCACAAGAGACCAAAAUUAACGGGGGAAGAACUGAAAGAGCGUGCAAAAACUCAGAACCAGGAAAAUAAGCCUAAGAUGCAUGAGUGCUCAAUAUGUGGGCUUGAGUUUGCUAUGGGGCAGGCUUUGGGUGGUCACAUGAGGAGGCAUAGAGCAAUGAUGGAUGGUUCAUUUUCUUCCGCUGCCAUAGAAAAGAAAGUGCCGGUGCUGAAAAGAUCAAAUAGUACGAGGGUUAUGUGCUUGGACUUGAACUUGACACCUUUGGAGAAUGAUUUGAAGUUACUAUUUGGGAAGAAGGCUCCUCAAAUUGACUUCACUUUGAUGAUUUGAUUUGAUACCACAAUUGUUGUGGGUGCUAACAAUUUUUCAUUUCAGAUUCAUUGAUUUAUUUUAUGUACAAUGCCAUUUUUUUUUUUUUUUUAAAAAUUUUUUUCCAAUUUUGUAUUGAAUAUAUUGGAUCUUAGUUGUAAAAAUGGUUUUGGCCUUCUGCAUAGGCAUGUCUUUAAGUUUGGCAUCCAUUGAGGAUAUGAGAACACCUGCCUUUGAAAUUUCAGAGAAUGGAGUGAAGUUGGCUUUUACCGUAAGCAAGAUAUAUACUGCAUCUUCAGAGAACUCAUUUUGCAGAUUUAAAUUGACUUCUGAUUAGUUAGUGUUAGUUUUAGCUAACUCCUUAAUAAUGAAGGAAAGAUAUUAAUUAGCUUGUUAGUAUGUUAACUAAAUCUCCUUUUUCAAUCAAGAAUUGUGCUCAUCAACUGACGAGCAUGAGUCCAAAUAUCAUGUCAAGGUUGAAAUGUCUUGGAUAAUACAAAUUUCUUGUUCAGAAAACCAAGGAAGUGUAUGUUUUAGAGCAACAUGUAUCUCAUAUAAAA